AUGAAGUUCAGAUGGCAACCGCAUGGUUGUAAUUUACCAAGGUUCGAUGCAUCAGACAUCCGAAGGCGGCUCAACGGGCGCCGGCUGGUGUUUGUGGGAGACUCGUUGUGCCGCAACCAGUUUGAGAGCGCUCUGUGCCUCCUCGGCAUUGAUCUUCCCGAUGUCUCUGCUGUUGUAGAGCGCACGGGCAACAAUCUGACCAAGAAGGUGGAUACUAUGUUGUAUGAUUUCACUGAGUUCAACUUCACUGUGGAGUACCACCUCUCGCACUUCCUCGUGGGAUUUCAUCACGCUCCCCCUGAUGCGCCACCUCAUAUUGGAGCAGUGGUGAACACAGACGUGGUUGACCCUCUCUUCACUCGGAGGCUCUUUGACGAUCGACCAGAGGGGAUCAUACUCGUGCUCAAUGGAGGCCACUGGUUCACCCCAUCUAAGAUCUCGUCUCAGAACGUGUCAUUCCUGGUGAACAACCAGACUCGCCCAGACAUUGAUGAGACCGAGGGGUUCCGCCUGGCCAUGCUGCGAGUGGCAGACUGGCUCCAGCAAUGGCCGCCUCGAGCUGCCAACGCCACGGCUGUCUUCCGCACCUAUGCACCCGCCCACUUCGCGGGUGGCAGUUGGGAUCACAGUGGUGGUUGCUCAGAAACACAUCCCACACUCUCUGUUGACCCGCCAACCCCAAACGAUAUCUCGCAAGAUCCUUCCGAGUUAUUUGCUCGAUUAAGUCGAGAGGCAAUGACGCGGCCGGAGCUAGCCAAAAAACCAGUUAUAAAUGAUAUUACAAGAAUGUCGUAUUCCAGGAGUGAUGCACACAUUGCACGUUACUGGACUGGAGCGACUGGCGCGGACUGCAGCCAUUGGUGUCUACCUGGCGUGCCUGAUACAUGGAAUGAGAUGCUGUUUGCUUCUCUAGUAGCAAGUUCUGUUUUGUGA